CACGUAGUGUUUGUACACUGACAGGUGAAAUGUGGGUCUUCAACGUCGACUCCUGCGAAAUAAACGGCGGAGUUGAAUCAUAAACUGCAAAGCAGCACCUAGUUACGUUCCUGCGACUCGUGGCACGUUGCCAUGGAGCCAGCCAGUCUGGAGAACCUGCACGUGCUGUACCAGAGCAGUGACUUCAUUGUGGUGAACAAACACUGGGACAUCCGCAUUGACAGCAAGAUGUGGUACGAGAAGCAGACGGUGCAGAGCCAGCUGCGGCAUCGCUUCCCGGACCUGGCGGACCCCGAAACAUACUACGGCUUCAGAUUCUGUCACCAGCUGGAUUUCUCCACCAGCGGGGCCCUGUGUGUGGCGCUGAACCGGGCAGCAGCAGGCCGAGCCUACCGCUGCUUUAAGGACCGGCUGGUCACCAAGGCCUAUCUCGCGCUGGUGCGCGGCAUUCUAGAGAGAAAGAGGACGACACUGGACUUCGCCAUCGGGAAGAACACCUCAGAGGGCAGGACUCACAUGAUGUGCAUCGAGGGAAGCGAGGGAUGCGAAAACCCCAAGCCAUGCCAGACGGUACUCACCGUGCUGGAGUACGGAUCAUACGACGGCGAUCCUGUGACCAAAGUCCUGCUGCAGCCACUGACAGGUCGGACUCAUCAGCUGAGAGUUCACUGCAGCGCUAUUGGGCAUCCUAUUGUGGGGGACUUCACCUAUAGCCUGCGGACGGACAGCGCCCCCUACCGCAUGAUGCUACAUGCUUUCCUGCUGGACAUCCCGCUGGAGGGCGAGCCUAUCCGUGUCACGGCUCCUGACCCCUUCCAGUCCACGCUGGACACCAAAUGGGUACCGCAGCACUUGGUCCAGUCACUAGAGGGCGCCCUGGAGAGCCUGCUUGGGAGCAGAGGGGACCAGUGCGACCAGAGUGAUUUGAAGACCAUGGGAGAGCCACCGGGGAAGGACGUCAGCAGGGCCCCACCUUUGGAGACGGAGGAACAGAGGGUUCAGUGCCAGCAGUGGCUAUGCGAGUGGGCCCUGGACUGAGGAAGCGAACACACACACACACACACACACACAGGCAAACAUCACACUUAGAUAACACAAGGCCAGGUCUCAGGUAACAAUACCUCCAGCAGGUUUGGAGGAAGAUGACGAUGGCACAACAUGCACGAGUCCUUCCGCUUGGCCCAGAAACGUCUCCAAGUUCAAAGAGAUCCUCCACAUCACCUAGCGUCCGUCCUUAGGGAACUGGGGACCGGUUGUGCCCAGCAGGGAGCCUCCCCCAGCCGCACCCUUCCGGAAGCAAGGGCUCCCCUGGGCCUUCCCGUCCACCCCCACUGGGAUCUGAUGCUACCAGCACCAGCUGGAAUUCACCUACCUUUUUUGGGGCAUCAUCGCUCAUGUUUCACUGGCCUCAUUUAAAUGCAUUUUACAAUUUUAACCACUAAAGAGACAUAUUCCUACUGUAUUCCAGUGAUAUCCAUAAGUACACUGUACAGCAAAAGUUAUGUUUUAUUUUCUUAUAUUUUAGGCUUUUAAGCUAGAGACAGAUGGUCUGCCUAGUCUUAGUCUGAGCAUUUCCUGCUUCACCUAGAAGCAUUUGCAGUGUUUAUAUUCAGAAAGGUGGGCGGCGAAGCUUCAGCCGAAGUUGGCAGUGCCCCAUCAGGCUGGGGGUCAGAUCUUUUUAAACUGUAAAGGCUUAGAGUUUUGCCCCCCCCCCCCCCAUGAGCUGCUGACGACAGGGCUUGCAGAUGGUAGUCGACUGUGCUGGCAGUUCUACUUUAGGUUACUGACCAAAACAGGACGGCUCUUUGUGAUGGAAAUCGAGCCGCUGAACCGCCAUGUUGGAUCGGAUAGUUCCAACACUGGAGACACCUUUGCAUUCCCCUUCGUGACACCCCCCCCCCCCCCCCCCAGUGUUGCACGAAUAUUCAAUUGUUCUGCCCACCCAGUCUCUGUGAUGUGACACCUCUGUCCUUUUAACCAGUGUUUUACGUGAAGUAUUUUAAUGGUUUUAAACUGAUUUAUACGCGUAAAGUAACUCACUGCAGUAUUUGUAUAUACCCAAGUCUAUUUUAAAUCUGAAAUAAACCUCUGCAUCAGUCA